AUGAUAAACAAAUAUAUACCAAUUCGUAAAUCACACCCCGUAUUAAAAAUUAUUAAUGGAUCAUUAAUUGAUUUACCUUCCCCAUCUAAUAUUUCAAUUUGAUGAAAUUUUGGAUCUUUACUAGCCUUAUGCUUAAUAAUUCAAAUUUUAACAGGAUUAUUUUUAACUAUAUAUUAUACAGCUAAUAUUGAAAUAGCAUUUUAUAGAGUUAAUUAUAUUUGUCGAAAUGUUAAUUAUGGAUGAUUAAUUCGAACUUUACAUGCAAAUGGAGCAUCUUUUUUCUUUAUUUGUAUUUAUUUACAUAUUGGACGAGGAAUUUAUUAUGAAUCUUUUAACUUAAAAUACACCUGAAUAAUCGGAGUAAUUAUUUUAUUCUUAUUAAUAGCAACAGCAUUUAUAGGAUAUGUUUUACCUUGAGGACAAAUAUCUUUUUGAGGGGCAACUGUUAUUACUAAUUUAUUAUCAGCUAUUCCUUCCUUAGGAGUUAUAUUAGUAAAUUGAAUUUGAGGAGGAUUUGCCGUUGAUAAUGCUACUUUAACACGUUUUUAUACAUUUCAUUUUUUAUUACCAUUUAUCAUUUUAAUAAUAACUAUGAUUCAUUUAUUAUUUUUACAUCAAACUGGUUCUAAUAAUCCAUUAGGGUUAAAUAGAAAUUAUGAUAAAAUUCCAUUUCAUCCAUUUUUCACAUUUAAGGAUUUAAUUGGAUUUAUUAUUAUAUUAUUUUUAUUAACAAUUUUAACUUUAACUAAUCCUUAUUUAUUAGGAGAUCCUGAUAAUUUUAUCCCAGCAAAUCCUUUAGUAACCCCAAUUCAUAUUCAACCUGAAUGAUAUUUUUUAUUUGCUUAUGCAAUUUUACGAUCAAUUCCUAAUAAGUUAGGAGGAGUAAUUGCUUUAGUAAUAUCAAUUUUAAUUUUAAUUAUCUUACCAUUUACAUUUAACAAAAAAAUUCAAGGAAUUCAAUUUUAUCCUAUUAAUCAAAUAUUAUUUUGAUCUAUAGUAACAAUUGUUAUUUUACUAACAUGAAUUGGAGCACGUCCCGUAGAAGACCCUUAUGUAUUAACAGGACAAUUAUUAACAGUAUUAUAUUUUUCAUAUUUUAUUAUUAACCCAUUUAUUAAUAAAUAUUGAGAUAAUAUAUUAUUUAAUUA